GAGUCUUUUGACGCGCCAUUUGAGGCCUUAAGCGAAAUGCUGGAAAUUCCUCAAGAUGUCAUGCAGAUAACUAGAGAUGAGAUUGCAAACAUGGUUGCAAAAGUUGAUUUUACAAAGUUAAGUCAACAUAUGCUCGAGCGAGCAGCAGCAAAUAGUAAAAUACCGAGAGAGGUCAUCAUGAUGGCUGCAGUCAAUGUUUGUUCUACGUUACGGUGUCAGAUUGCCACCACAUCUCAAGCACUUACCAAAGAAACAAAGAAAUCAAAAAAAUUUAAAUCGGCUUUAGCUACUGCAAAUCGAGUCAUCGAAGAGCUACAAGAGAAGAACGAAACUUUGCAGUCGAGACUUCAAACAGAGAAAGACGAUAACGGUUUGUUAGGGAUCCCCCAACAGAUCAAUGGCAGUUGGACUCCAAAUGCUCUUCCUUUUCGAUAUGAAUGGCAUAAUGAUUAUUGUUAUGGUGAUGCUGAUUAUUAUUAUUGUGAUGAUGAUUCUGAUGAUUAAUUUUCUGUCGCGCCUAAGUAAAAGAUACAGUUUAUCUCUUGUAUAUAUACACCAUGUCAUGAAAGAAAUAAAGAGUACAUGUUUU